GCUUGGGGCUUCACUGCAGGCACUGUGCACGCAGCACCAUGGCCACCGCAAAUGACAGAGCCAUCCUGCAGACCAUUUUUAACCCCAGCACUCCGUUUGGGGACAUCCCUGGACUGGAUGAGGAGGAGGACAUCCAGGAGGAAGAGGAGACCUUUGCGCCGGAGCUGCUGGAGCAGGUCCGGGACCUGGAGUUGCAGGGGGUUUCUGCUGCUGAAUCUGGAGAUGUGAGCACAGCCCUGGAACGGUUCAACGAGGCCAUCCGUCUGCUCCCUGAGCGCGCCUCGGGAUACAACAACCGGGCCCAGGCCCUGCGUCUCAAGGGGGAUGUGGCAGGUGCGCUGCGGGACUUGGACACCGCCAUCCACCUGGGCAAGGGCUGUGGCCGUGCCGCCUGCCAGAGCUUCGUGCAGCGGGGGCUGAUCCACCGGCUUCAGGCCCGUGAUGAGGACGCCCGGCGCGACUUCAAGCGUGCAGCACGCCUGGGCAGCGCAUUCGCACGGCAGCAGCUGGUGCUGCUGAACCCCUACUCUGCACUCUGCAACCAGAUGCUCUGUGAGAUGCUGGGGCGGCUGCGCAACCCCAACAGUGCCAGCAGCAAUUGAGGCUGCAGCCGCUGGAGCCCCCCUCCCUUUUGUCCUGGCCAAUAGCCAGGGGCAGGACUGCCUUUGAGGCCUCAGGAGGCUUGAAGCCCAGUGGAGGCAGCAGCACACAGCCUCUGUCUGAUCUAGGGCCACCCUGAGGAAAGCUUUCUGCCCCUUGGCUUUGUCUCAGCUCUGUUCCGCCCCAAAUAAAACCUCGCAGUCUGCUCAGCAGGGCUCUG